AUGUCGUCUUCCUCCGCCGUCCCCGUUUACUCCAUCUUCGCAUGCGUCUUCCUUCUUCUCUCUCCGGCUUUGGCCUCCGAGUCAGAUCACAAGUAUCAAGCUGAUGAGCAGGUUACUCUUUGGGUUAACAAAGUUGGCCCAUAUAAUAAUCCACAAGAAACAUAUAACUAUUAUAGCCUCCCGUUUUGCCGCAAAACUGAAAACAGCAUUCACAAAUGGGGUGGUCUUGGGGAGGUCCUUGGUGGAAAUGAGCUCAUCGACAGCCAGAUAGACAUUAAGUUCUUGAAAAAUGUUGACAGAAGCGUGAUCUGUAAAUUGGAACUUGAUGAAGCUAAGGUCAAGCAUUUCAAAGAUGCCAUCGAAAAUAGUUACUGGUUUGAAUUAUUUAUGGAUGAUCUGCCUUUGUGGGGCUUUGUAGGCGAAUUGCCUCCUGGAAAAAAUAGUGAAAACGGCAAGCAUGCUCUUUACACUCAUAAGAGUAUUAAUGUCAAAUACAACAAAGACCAGAUUAUUCAUGUGAAUCUCACACAAGAUAAUCUAAGACCGUUAGAAGCAGGGAGGACGGUGGACUUGACAUAUUCUGUGAAUUGGAUCCCAACCGAUGUCACAUUUGCCCGUCGUUUUGAUGUUUAUCUAGACUAUCCAUUCUUCGAACACCAGAUUCAUUGGUUUUCCAUCUUUAACUCGUUCAUGAUGGUUAUCUUCCUCACUGGUUUGGUCUCAAUGAUAUUAAUGAGGACUCUCAGAAAUGAUUAUGCUAAAUAUGCUCGGGAAGACGACGACCUGGAAAGCUUGGAACGGGAUGUAAAUGAAGAAUCUGGAUGGAAACUCGUGCACGGAGAUGUGUUCCGACCACCGUGUAGUCUGGUUCUUCUUUCGGCUGUUGUCGGUACAGGUGCACAAUUGGCUUUGCUUGUUCUUCUUGUCAUAUUAAUGGCAAUCAUUGGGACACUUUAUGUUGGGAGAGGAGCGAUCGUCACAACUUUUAUAGUUUGCUACGCUCUGACGUCAUUUAUCUCUGGUUACGUGAGCGGUGGAAUGUACUCAAGAAGUGGGGGUAAGCAUUGGAUCAAGUGCAUGAUCCUCACGGCUUCUCUCUUCCCGUUCUUGUGCUUUGGGAUUGGCUUCCUCCUAAACACAAUCGCCAUAUUCUACGGAUCUCUUGCGGCUAUUCCCUUCGGAACAAUGGUAGUUGUUUUCGUAAUUUGGGGUUUCAUUUCGUUCCCUCUCGCCCUCCUCGGGACAGUCGUUGGUAGAAACUGGAGUGGUGCUCCAAACAAUCCAUGCCGAGUGAAGACAAUCCCACGUCCAAUCCCUGAGAAAAAGUGGUACUUGACUCCAACAGUAGUCUCUCUUAUGGGAGGUCUAUUACCCUUUGGCAGCAUCUUCAUCGAAAUGUACUUCGUCUUCACAUCCUUCUGGAACUACAAGGUAUACUAUGUCUACGGGUUCAUGCUGCUUGUCUUUUUGAUUCUCGUUGUGGUGACCGUCUGUGUGACGAUCGUGGGAACAUACUUCUUGCUGAAUGCGGAAAACUAUCACUGGCAAUGGACAUCGUUCUUCUCUGCUGCUUCCACUGCGGUUUACGUCUACUUAUACUCGAUCUAUUACUACUACGUGAAGACAAAGAUGUUUGGGUUUUUCCAGACCAGUUUCUACUUCGGAUACACCUUGAUGUUCUGUCUCGGCCUCGGAAUCCUUUGCGGAGCUGUUGGGUUCUUAGGAUCGAAUCUGUUUGUUAGAAGGAUCUACAGAAACAUCAAGUGCGACUAGAGAGACUUUUACCAAACCAAGAAAGAAAAAAAAACGCGGGAUAUA